GAUGUCAUUAAGGUUAGUAACAGGGAUUUUUAAGGACAUUUGGAAAAGUCCUUCCUUUCCAACAGCAGGGGUCCAGGCUCACCCCCUGGGGCUCCGUCCUCUCUAGCUCCACGGGGAGCUCCCUGAGGGGGAGAGGCACAUUCAGUAUCACCUUUGGGGCUGCUGGGUGGUUAGGAGACACUGGUUUUGUACAGACAUGAAUUUCCAUCUCUAAACUAUUCAGUUAGCCAAAUCCCACACACUAUAAUAAAUACUUAAGAGAAUCACCCCCUUCCUUUGCUAACAACUAAACAUCACGUAAGACUGGCAGUGGGGGUCUCCUAACCCUAGAAGGACUUCAUGGGGUGGGGGGAAACGGCACAUACCUCGCUGGUUAAAGCCCCAGAGUCCUCCUUUUCUCUUUAAUGGGGCCGUGGUUGGGCAAAAUACACAUCACUUUAAAACCACCUCACAGCUGGAAGUAUAUAACUUUUAGCGAGUCACAAAAAAUAGGGAAACUUACACAGAGUUUCUUUGGUCACUUCCCCAUCUGAGUGAUCACGCACCCAGUGCUACAGCUGAGACGGCGCUCCCAGUGAGGAGGGAAAAGGUGUGUUCACAGCCACCCGGUUGGAGGAGUGACACAAGCCCGAUUGGGAAAUCCCUGGACGUAUAAAUUCCUGCCAGACCGCUGAGCUCCCACUGAAGGUGAAAGGCCUGGCAGCCAUCCCAGGAGACAGCACCAGGCAAACGAUGCAGAGCUGCAGGCUGUGGGGUGCUGGGCCUGCGGUCUCCACUUCCUGUGUCCUCCAGAAGUUCCCGGGAGUGAUGUUCACCUGGUCCAUGUGGAUGCUGUGUGUCUCUGUCUUCACCAUCCGGCCUGAGGAACACAUGGUGGCUGCAGGAAGCUGCCAGUUUCAUGGCAGGCAUCCCAAAACCAGGCUCAAGGUAGAAGGGGAGCCUGUGGCCAUGAGGUGCCCCCAGGUGCCAUACUGGGACUCUGCUACCACCCACGUCAGUGUGACAUGGCGUCGAAACAACUCCACCACGAUGGUCCCAGGGGAGGAAGAGCUGCGGGUGUGGGUCCAGGACGGCGGCCUGUGGAUUGUGCCAGCCUCGCGGGGGGACUCUGGCACCUACAUCUGCACUGUCAGAAAUGCCUCUUACUGUGACGAAAUGUCCGUUGAGCUCAGGGUUUUUGAGAAGACAGAAGCUUCCCUGCCUCUCAUCUUCUACCCGCAAAUUAUAACCUUGUCAGCCUCUGGGUUAUUAGUUUGUCCUGAUCUGAGUGAAUUCAUCGGGAACAAAACUGACGUGAAGAUUCGAUGGUACAAGGAUUCUGUCCCUUUGGAUCAAGACAACGAGAAAUUUCUAAGUGUGAGGGGAACUCGCUUACUGGUAAACAAUGUGUCUCUGGAGGACGCGGGCUAUUAUCAGUGUGCCAUGACGUUUGCCCACAGAGGCAGGCAAUACAACAUCACCAGGAAUAUCAAACUCCGUGUUAAGAAAAGAGAAGAGGAGACGAUUCCCGUGAUCAUCUCCCCCCACCAGACCAUCUCAGCUUCGCUGGGGUCAAGACUGACAAUCCCGUGUAAGGUGUUUCUGGGAGCUGGCAUACAGGCGACCACCUUGCUGUGGUGGACUGCCAACAACACACACGUAGAGGAUGCCUACAAGGGGGGCCGCGUGACCGAGGGGCAGCGCCAGGAAUACUCAGAAAAUAAUGAGAAUUACAUUGAAGUGCCACUGAUUUUUGAUCCAGUCGUAAGAGAGGAUUUGCACACGGAUUUUAAAUGUGUUGUCCGUAAUACAAUGAGUUUCCAGAUGCUUCGUACCACAGUCAAAGAAGCUGCCACGUUCUCCUGGGAGAUUACACUGGCCCCCCUUUCCCUCAUCUUCUUGGUUUUGGGGGGAAUAUGGAUGCACAGACGGUGUAAACGCAGAACUGGAAAAGCCUAUGAUUUGAUGAUGGAGUUAAAGACCAGCCACCAGAUUCUCAAUCCUAUCCGAGUAAAAUAAAGUAAAUAAAAUAUU